UGAGGGUCAUGAUCAAGGGCUAGCUAGCAUGCAGCUGCUUAGCCGGGUGUUGGGUUGGCUAGUAACUGCUUGUUGUGUUGUGAACACGCCUUAGGCUGUGAAUAGGGCAUGCUUUCUGUGUGUAAUAUGAUUUAUGUAUGUAUGUAUGUAUGUAUGUAUGUGUAAUGGAGGUCAAAACGUGCCGUAAACUCACUCCACAGUUAGUUUGAAUUGAGUUGUCCAGGAGGGAGGUCACGUGUGUUGCGGUGCAGAAAACCACUGGUUCGAGCUCAGUAUUGGGCAGUCUGAAAGUGGCUGUUAGCAGCGCACGUUGACGUCGGUUUCAUAUGUAGUUAGCUAGCUAUGCAAAGACCGAGGGUGCUGGAAGUAUCAAGGCUCAGGACAGCAACAUGGGCAGAAGCAACAGCACUACCUCACGCGGUGUUCCAGUGGUGCUGGUGUGCCUUGGUGCUCUGCUAUUGGGCAAUGUGGUGAUCUACUUGUACCUGGACUCGCUGCAGCAGAGUGGCGACGGCGACCCCCACCUGACUCCUCAUGGGGCAUGUCCGCCCCGUCACUUUAGGAUGGCCAACAUGAGGAACUGUUCGCCCUGGCUGGAGUGUCCACAAGUCCGCACAGAGGUGCGCAAGUUGAAGAUGAUCGGCCAGGGAGCUGUUAAGCAGGUUUUCCUGUCCGAGUGGAAGGGUCACAAAGUAGCCCUGUCCAAGCUCUCCUCUCCGGAGUACCAGGAGGACUUCCUCCAUGGGCUCUCCAUGCUCCAGGCCCUCCAAGGGCCCCAUGUGGUGGUGCUGGUAGGCCUGUGCACAGAGGACCACACCCUGGUCACAGAGUACCAUCCGCUGGGCUCUCUGCUCAACCUGGAUGCCGUGCUGGCCCAGGAGAGGCACCGCAUACGGGACACCUGGCAGACCCGCCUGCGGCUGGCACUGGACUACGUCUCCAUUCUCCAUUACCUCCACACCAGCACCGCCGGGACCAGAGUCAUGUGUGACUCCAAUGACCUGGUGAAAACCCUGUCACAGUUCCUGCUGACCAGCGACUUCCACCUGGUGGUCAAUGACCUGGAUGCCCUGCCAGAGGUCGGGGCCCCUGCAGGCUCGCUAGUGAGAUGUGGCCACCGGGAGCUCACAGGGGAAUUUGUGGCCCCAGAGCAGCUGUGGCCCCAUAGUGACGGCCAGCCAUUUGUCGAUGAGCUUAUGCCGGGGUACGACGAAAAAACGGACAUUUGGAAAAUUCCAGAUGUUACACGUUUCCUGAUGGGGAGGGUAGCGGGAGGUGACGUGGUCCACUUCCACCUCUUUCAGAUCAACGGGGAGUGUAAGAGAAGAGACCCUCAUCUUCGCCCCUCUGCAAUGGAUGUCCUGAGCGUGUACAGAUCAGUCUAUGCAACCAUGAUGAGAGACAGUCCCGGUCCUGGUGGCUCCAGAGACAUGCUUUAAUCUCAUUUUGUCUUUGUACUGAUAAGAAACUGGACCGUGUAAUUAAAAAUUAAAUACAA